UGAGGGUUUUGCAGAGGGUUUUAGGGUUUCCAUUCGACGAGAAAGCCUCGAAAAAAAUGGCUUCAAUGGCAGCAAGAAGAUCCAGCAGCACAAUCGUGCGAAGCAUCUGUAGAGCCACCGCGAAAUCGACGGCAGGGAGGUCAUCAUCCUCGUCCUUCCCUUUGCGCGAUUCCAAUCUCGGUUUUCGGCAUAAUAACAACCGUAUCGCUCCGGCGAGGUUCUCGCUCCUCCGAAGAGAAUUGAGCUCCUUGAAGCCAUUGCACACAGCCAUUGCUUCAUCUUACCUUGUUUCCAAGCUUCCCACCGAAGCUACCACCUCCUCACAAGGGAGGUUUGCUAACUAUGUCAGUCCAAUCUAAUAAAGGAUGAUGCAUAAACUGACGAGGGUUCAUCUUGUUGAAUUCCUUGAAAGCUGGGUUACUUUUGAGGCUCUUUCAUUGAGAAUUUGGAAAUUUCAGAUUUCUUGACUAUAAGUGCUGAGCAGGUUUGCUUCUUUGAGUAGUUAGUAGCCUCUGCCUGCCUCUGACAUGUGUGUAAAUUUGUAACUUUUGAUAAGUCAAAUGUUGUUUUGUGUUUGUUAUACUUUGUAUAUUGUCAUUGAAAUAAUAUCAUGCGAAUUAUUUGAGAUUAAGUUUUGAUGUAAAGAUUAGAUCGCAUAUGACCAACAAACAAUAACAAUGGGACAAAUAGAAGUGUGUUAUACAUGCAAGUGAAGUAAACAUGAGAGGUCAUUCUCACUCACACUCAUCCGUGACCUGUGAUCUGUGUAGAUCAUGUUUUGUGGGGAA